AUGACGCAUGUUAUCUACGUGGCGCGAAACCCGAAGGAUGCGUGCGUCUCCUACUACAAGAUGUUGAUGUCAGACAGCACACUGAGCCCCGAGACGACCAUUGAAGACUUCGUCACGCUGUACAACGAAGGGAAGAUGGUCUGCCUGCCGUUCUUCCCAAACGUGCUGCAGGCGUGGCGCCAGCGGCAGCACCCCAACAUGCUGUUCCUCACAUUCGAGGAGAUGAAGCGGGAUCUGCGAGCCGUCAUCGAGCGAACGGCCGAGUUCCUGGGUAAGAAACUGACGGCCGAGCAGCUGGACAGGCUGCAGCACCACCUUAGCUUCGAGAGCAUGCGGAAGAACAAGUGGGUCAACAAAGAGGACAGGAUCAAGGAACAAGAGGGAGCAGACGGUGAGCGUCUGUCCUUCAUGAGAAAGGGUCAGACGGGCGACUGGAAGAACCACCUGAGCGACGAAACGCCGCAGGAGAUGGACCGCUGGAUGGAGGAAAACCUACGCGGCACUGGGCUCACAUUUGUUACCGAGGCACCGCAGCAGUAG